AUGGUGUUUUUCCAUGAAGGAGAUGUUAAUCAGAUCAAAAUAAGCAUUUACCGGUUCUUACUAGAACACAAUUGGCCAAUUUUGCAGUUACCCAUUACUAACACCAUCGCACCACCAAACAACAACCACUACACCUCAUCCCCAUUAUUCACCUCCACCUUCGACUAUAAAGAAAAGAGAAGAACAGUAAAGAGCAACAUAUGUGCUGUUGAUGUUGAAUCAACCGGAGACCCUGAUAUUCCAUUCCAUCCAGGAAGGGACCCAGUAACAGCACCACCGCCACUGCCGCCUCCACCACAAAUAAAUUUGGCCACAUUCCAGUUGUCAGUUUCAGCCACAGUCAUUGCUACUCUAGCACAUAUUAACAACAAUGGUGCAAAUAGAGGCGGAAGCAGAAACGGAACGGGCAGUUACAACCAUGGGGUUACUCAAGGGCUUCAGCGAGCAUGCACAUAUAAAGAGUUUACAAACGGAAAACCAAGACCAUUCAACGGAAGUGGAGGUGUUAUAGCCCUAACUCGAUGGUUUGAAAGGACAGAGUCAUUCUUUGAGAUCAGUGGCUGCCCGGAGGAAAACAAAGUUAAAUCCGCAUCCUGUAACUUUGCCAAUAGAGCCCUUACAGGGUGGAAUGGCCACAUCAAGGCUCUAACACUCCUAGUGGCGAAUUCAAUGACUUGGGGGGACCUCAAAACCAUGAUGCUUAAAGAGUACUUCCCUAGAGGUGAGUUACAAAAACUUGAACAUGAAUUAUGGAAUCUCACUGUGAAGGACUCGGACAUUGAAGCUUACACUGCCAGAUUCAGCGACCUGACGAUCAUGUUUCCGGGAAUGAUCACUUCUGAAAGUAAGAAGGUGGAACGUUUCAGUUGGGGACUAACUCCCCCGAUUCAAGGGAAUGUGAUUGUUGUAGACCCAACAACGUUCGAUAGCGCCAAGUGCCUUGCGCAAAAGCUAUUUGACCAUGGGGUACAAAAGGGAAUGAUGACUUCCGUCACUGAACCAAAAAAGGGGAAAGAUAACAAGAAACACUCGGGAAACAAGAGGAAAGGGCAACAAACUCAGAAGUGUACAAAGAAGCAACAAAUCGUGGCGGUUCACGCCGCUACCACUCCUGCCACACUAGCACCUACCAAACCAUAUGCGGGAAAUAUUCCAAAGUGUGAUAAAUGCAACUUUCAUCACAACGGUGCAUGCCGAGAGAUGCACUGUACCAACUGCAAUAGGAAGGUGCACAUCAGUCGAUAUUGUGGAACACCAACCUAA